UUAACAUUCCGAAAACCAGUGAAGUCAAGACCAACCAUAGGGUGGACGUCUGUACUAUAAGAACUCAACUACAACGCUUGACGACUCUUCUCUUCCCUUUUUUUCUACCCAAUCCGAUGGAUUCUGCGUUCUCUGUUACCACGACGGCGCACAUGGCGAUUGUCAGAGCGCUCCACCGUCAUUUUGCCGGCGCUCCUCAACGCGCCUUCGUCCGGCGCAACCUCAGAUGCCUCAUUGCUUCCUACAACAACCGCUGCCGCAUUCCAUGUUCUUUUACUUCCGCGCCGUCGCCGUCCUCGCUCCGCUGCUUCGGCGGAUUGCUCCCGCGAAUGCCGUGCCGACUCCGCUGCAUUUCGAGCUCCGCCGCUUCCUGUGCUUCUUCCACCGGCGAUGGAAAUGGAGGCGGUGGAAUCGGUGACAGCGGCGGUUCUGGCGGCUCUGGCGGUUCUAGCGGUGAGUCUGGUGAUGCUAAUCUCCAAUUGGUUGGUGACGCGUCACAGGAGCUUUCGGCACUUUCGCCUGACGUUAUCAUUCUCGAUGUUUCAGGAAUGGUGUGCGGGGGAUGUGCAGCGACUGUGAAAAGGAUACUGGAAAAUCGACCACAGGUAUCAUCAGCUAGUGUAAAUUUAACAACAGAGACAGCAAUCGUUUGGCCUAUAUCUGAAGCAAAGAAUGCACCAAAUUGGCAAAAGCAAUUAGGGGAGGCACUUGCAGAGCAUUUAACCAGCUGUGGUUACAAUUCUAGCCUCCGAGAUUCUACAAGAGACAAUUUCCUCCAAAUUUUUGAAAGGAAGAUGGAGGAAAGACAUAGACAAUUAAGAGAAAGUGGUCGUGAGCUAGCUGUUUCUUGGGCUCUAUGUGCUGUCUGUCUUGUUGGCCAUUUCUCUCAUUUCUUUGCAGCAAAGGCACCGUGGAUCCAUGUCUUUCAUUCCAUUGGGUUUCAUCUAUCAUUAUCUUUAUUUACAUUGCUUGGUCCUGGCCGCCAGCUUAUCCUUGAUGGUUUAAAAAGCCUUCUUAAAACAACACCAAACAUGAACACCUUAGUUGGUCUUGGGGCUUUGUCUUCAUUUACUGUCAGCUCAUUUGCUGCCUUAGUUCCAAAAUUGGGAUGGAAGGCUUUCUUUGAGGAGCCAAUUAUGCUAAUUGCAUUUGUGUUGCUAGGAAGGAAUCUCGAACAGAGAGCUAAAAUUAAAGCAACCAGUGAUAUGGCAGGACUUCUUAGUUUGUUGCCACCAAAAGCUCGCCUUCUAGUUAACAAUGAGGAAACAGAGGCUGGCUCAGUUGUUGAAGUUCCUUCUGAAAGUCUUUCUAUUGGAGACCAAAUUAUUGUGCUGCCUGGAGACCGUAUUCCAGCUGAUGGAGUUGUGAGAGCUGGUAGAAGCACUGUAGAUGAAUCAAGUUUCACUGGUGAACCACUGCCUGUAACAAAAGUGCCUGGGAGUGAGGUAGCAGCUGGUAGUAUAAAUCUUAACGGAACUCUUACAAUGGAAGUGCAACGACCAGGUGGCGAAACUUCUAUGGCAGACAUUGUUCGUCUGGUUGAAGAGGCACAAAGUAGGGAAGCUCCUGUACAACGGUUGGCUGACAAGGUGGCUGGACAUUUCACUUAUGGAGUGAUGGCAGCCUCUGCUGCUACUUUCACAUUCUGGAGUCUGUAUGGGGCACACAUUUUGCCUUCUGCUUUAUAUCAAGGAAGUUCAGUUUCACUGGCUUUGCAGCUUGCUUGCAGCGUUCUGGUUGUUGCUUGUCCAUGUGCACUUGGGUUAGCCACACCUACUGCAGUGCUGGUUGGAACAUCUCUGGGGGCUAAAAGAGGUUUACUUUUACGUGGUGGAAACAUUCUAGAGAAGUUUGCAAUGGUAAACACUGUUGUGUUUGACAAAACAGGGACCCUCACAGUUGGUAGACCUGUUGUGACAAACAUUAUCACUGCCCCAUGCAUGAAAAGUGCUAUUUCAAGCCAAACUGAAGAAAAUGCUUUGUCUGAUAUUGAAGUUCUAAGGCUAGCAGCUGCAGUAGAAUCGAAUUCCAUACAUCCAGUUGGGAAAGCGAUUGUGGAUGCUGCUGUGGCUGUUAAUUGUCAUAAUGCUAAGGUAAUAGAUGGAACAUUCCUGGAAGAACCUGGGUCUGGUGCAGUGGCAACAAUUGAUAACAAAAAGGUUUCUGUUGGUACAUUGGAAUGGAUCACCAGGCAUGGAGUUAUUGACAGUUUAGAUCAAGAAGUGGAGAAAUGUAAUAAUCAAUCCUUUGUCUAUGUUGGAAUUGACGAUACUUUAGCUGGCCUAAUUUAUUUUCAAGAUGAGAUAAGGGAAGAUGCAAGAGACGUUGUUGACAGAUUGUCAAAGCAAAAUCUUGAUAUAUACAUGCUAUCAGGAGACAAGAGGAAUGCUGCCGAGCAUGUUGCUUCUCUUGUUGGAAUUCCCAAAGAUAAGGUGCUAUCUGAAGUGAAACCAGAUGAGAAAAAGAAGUUCAUAAAUGAACUACAGAAAGAUAAGAACAUUGUUGCUAUGGUUGGUGAUGGAAUUAACGAUGCAGCUGCCCUGGCUUCUUCACAUGUUGGUAUUGCAUUAGGUGGAGGUGUCGGGGCUGCUAGUGAGGUGUCUUCUAUUGUAUUAAUGCGCAACCAGCUGUCACAGGUACUUGAUGCCUUGGAGCUUAGUAGGUUGACCAUGAAUACUGUAAAGCAGAAUCUUUGGUGGGCUUUCGUCUACAACAUUGUAGGAAUUCCAAUUGCAGCUGGAGUGUUAUUUCCCAUAAAUGGAACUAUUCUGACUCCAUCAAUUGCAGGGGCUCUCAUGGGGCUGAGUUCCAUUGGUGUAAUGACCAACUCGAUACUUUUGAGAUUCAAAUUUUCCUCAAAGCAGAAACAAAUAUAUAGUACAUCGCCAAAUACCAAAAUCCAUGUAGAUGCUGAUCUGGCACAACAAAACCGGAAAACAAGCCGACCAUACUAGAUGUUGGAUACACGCAGGCACAAAGCAGAACAGCGGACUCUCCUGACGUCAGCUCGGUGUGUAUACUGCUAACCUUUGAUUUAUGGGUGCGAUCGUCCUCGGAUGAAAGGAAAUCGGUUUACAGGAAAAUUCGGAUGCAUAGAAUUGAAAGAUUCACACCUUCAGGAAACGGCGAAAACUAAUAAAGCAAUUUAUGUAAUAUGAAAAAGAAUAAAUUGCACCAAUCAU